AUGAAUUGCAAAAGAAGCUAUUGUACGACUUUAACUUCAAAACUUAACAUUGUAAUUAAAGUUUGUUUGAUAUCGUUAACCUUGAUCGAGAAAGUGCAUAAUGCGUCGCGUACGGAUAUGAUGAAAUGUAAACUUACGCAUAAAGGGAUAGAAUACCGAGGUUCAAUAGCAAAAACAGUUGGUGAUACUCAAUGUCAAUCAUGGUACUCGGAAGAACCAAUACAUGAGGUCAGUACAGAUAUUGGCGAUCAUGAUUUUCCCGAAAGAUCGAUAAAAAAUGCAAAAAAUUACUGCAGAAAUCCAACAGAAGACGUCAAAGGUCCAUGGUGUUAUACUUUGGAUCCUUCACUCAUAGAUGACAAAUGCGAUGUACCCUUAUGUAAUUUUGAAGAAUGUAAAGUGUCGGGACCAGGGGCUGAAUAUGGCGGAAGUAGAAAAAUUAGUGCGUCAGGGGGAAAAUGCCAAUCGUGGCACAAGCACCACAAACUUGAAGAUGCGAAGUACCCAAAUUUCGAAGGAAAAGACUUCCCUGACGAGUCUGUCAAGAAGGCCGGCAGUUUUUGCAGAAAUCCAACAGGCGACCAUGGCGGCCCAUGGUGCUACGUUAAACAGGAAUAUUCUGAUUAUGUCGAGAAAGAAUAUUGCGACACACAAUUCUGCGACGAUAAAGAUUGCUUCACAUUUACCAAAAACGUAUCCAACUACGGUAUACUAACAAAAUUAAAUCUAGCUAGCGGUCAUGUUUCGUUUUGGAUAAAAUUAUGGAAUCCUAGCGAUGAAAAAAGAGAAGAAGAGAACUUCGAAAACACUCCCGAAAUUUUACUUGGUACAAAAUGGACGAGGAUAUGGAUGACCUGGGGUGGUGGUUUCAUAUCUGUGGGUCUGGAGGGUACGUUCAAGCCGUUAUUUAUGCAAGAAUAUAAAAGGAGACGCGCUAUCACGUAUCUGUAUCGAGGAACAUUUUUCCAUUAUGGACUUCGAGGGACAGGCGUUUUAUGGAGCACCGAGUUCUGUCAAAAGCACUGCGAGGUUCACACGACGUUUGGAAUUGAGUUUUCCAGAGUAUGGGCCAUACAACGAAAUAAUGACACGGCUGAUGUGCGAUUUCAUGUUCGCGCGCGUCGGAAUAUUCUCAUUCGGUUAUAUCAAACGCCGACACUGGAAUACCCUUCAAUAACGGUGACAAUAGGCAAAGAUAUAAUAUCACUAAUAUACCAGGAAACCAAGGAGUCAGUUAAGCAGUAUUUGAAAGAAAUUCCAAAUAGAGGCAUACUUGAUUUUUGGGUUUGGAAAGAAUUCAGUAUCAGCAUUUUUGGAGAACACUUUCGUCUAUUUUUGCAAAAAACCAGAGCAGCCGUCGAGCUUUUAUACAUGAAUAACAAUUUCUUUGUAACUUUAAGAUGGUUUAGCAUUGGAAGUGAAAACACUAUAGCGCACUGGACACUGUUUUGCUCUCCAGAAGCAGCAGAUGCUGUAGAAGAGCCGACGUUACCAAAUUGCAUCUCUGAUGCAAAAGGUUACGAGUAUAACGGUACGCAAUGGACAAGCGUUAAUGAAAUUCCUUGUGUUCCGUGGGUAUCGAAAGAGGUGCCCGGUGAAGAAAAAAAUGAUAAAAACUUUGUUGACGGGUCUGCUGUGAAAGCGUUGAAUAAAUGCAGAAAUCCUACUCGCGAUCCCAACGGUCCCUAUUGUUACGCACUUACAUCUCAAGAAAAAGAACUUAUUUCAAAGCAGUACUGCCCAAUUCGGAACUGCAGAUCUUCAGAGUGCCGAAUGGCUGGAACCGCAAACGACUACGUAGGUACAUUAUCAGAAACGCGUUCUGGACGUAAUUGCGACAAGUGGUUAACAAAAUACGAUUCAAUUGCCAACAUUAAUCGAGAGUAUUUUAACGAUAGCUUAUAUUCAGACGGCAGUGCUAAAAGUGCUAGCAAUUAUUGCAGAAAUCCCUCGCGUAAUAUUGCUGGCACUUGGUGUUAUACUACGGAUCCUUUGGUACUGCAAGAUGUUUGCAAUGUAAAAGAUUGUGAAAAAUCAGAACAGUUUACUGUUCUUAUCAGAGGAGAUGCUAAUGGCAGACGUUUGUACGUUUUACCCGAAUAUCGCGUCGAAGGUUUACGGUUUUCCUUGAAAGCCUGGGAACCAGAUCAACCAGAUUCUAUUACGUUCGUCCUGAUAGCCGACGACGGGUUAAAAUCGCGUUACAUCCUUAAAAUAGGAGCUUUGGACAAUGAGAAAGUACUUCUUUACUAUGAAUCGGAAAACGAAGCUGCUGCUUUGGUCAAAAAGAAGACCUUGCCACACUUACUUUUCUUAGGGAAAUGGACUAAUUUUAUACUCAGUAUUCCCCGAGGAAAAAUUUUACUUUAUUACGAAGACGAACCUACGCCGCUAUUUGAAUGGACUCAUUACGAUCCGGAUAAUGCCUUUUUACCAACGUAUUACUAUUAUAACAGUGAAAAAGGACGAGCUGUUGGCAUUUCUUUCAAUGACGACUCAGAUUGUCAAAUUGAAAACACGAAAACAAAUCGUUAUGUUAGAAUUUUAUCGCUGUCAGCGUGGAACAAAGAAGAAGUGACACAUCCAUCGCAAGUGACGUUUCAUAUUCGAGGAAAGGGUACAAUUUACAUACCCUUGUUUUUAUUGCCUGCAACACCAGGGUGGUCUGAUAAUACUCUUAAAGUAUUCUGUAACGCGACAAGAGUGCUUCUCUAUGAACACGUUAGCCCUCUCAUAUUCUAUUUCUUUUCCGUUGGCGUUGAUCCUGGUGGUUGGGCCACUUGGUCAGUGAAUUGUAUGCCGAUAGACAUAGACGGACCUCCAAUCGACGGUGGAUGGUCGGAAUGGGGACCAUGGACAUGCAGUGCAAGUUGUAAUGGUGGUUCGGGAACUAGAAAACGACGCUGUGAUUCUCCGAAAGCUAAUUUUAAGGGAGAACCAUGUUUAGGACCGAAUACCAUGACGGGUCGUUGCAACGAAAUUCUUUGCGGUGACAUAACAGAAGAUACAUUAACUCUGAUAAACCGAAGGAUUCGAACUAACAACACUGCUCUCGUUGUAAAAGAAUUUCAAUCGACGAGAAUUGACUCAGAUUCUGAUAUUGUCAAAUUGAUUAGCGAGGAAUCUCCUCGUUCUGAAAUGCAGUGGUCUUUGAACGGCAUCUUCGUGCAAGAAGAAGCUGGCAGAGUGGAAAUGAAAGAUUAUAAUAUCGAAAUAAUUAAAGCAUCGCCAAAUGAUUCUGGCGUUUAUGCAAUGACCUUGCACCGGAUAGAUGGAACGUACUCGAUCAUCAAAGUGAUAAGUUUGGCAGUAAUUCCUUUAGAGAAGAAUGUACAAAUACGAGAAACUCUAAGCAUGACCACAGUAUGUCAUUGUACGAUCCUAGGUCAUGUAUAUUCAGAGCUUCAAAUAUCUUGGUCGAUCGAAAAUAAAACAUGGAAAGAUUAUGGUAUCACGCUUCCUAUCGCUGCAAAUACACAGCAUGUCUCAACAGUUAAUAGAACGCACGAUGGACUAUGGCAGUGCACUGUCAAACAAAACGAUUUCAAUUUUGUCUGGAUAACAAAUAUAAUUUCUGUUAAAGAUCAAUAG